AUGAUUCUGUUUACAUCUCAGUCUGAAAUGCACUUUGGAACAAAGGGGGCGUUACGAAGAGCCAAUUUUAACUCCUGUUCCUCCUUCUUUUGCCCUGGCUCCCAGGACAGGAGGGCCACAGCACACUUCCCAGCUCCCUCCAGGACCUUCUGGAUCAUCUUGUCCGUUGUCUUGUUGUUUUUUGCUGUUGUUGGCGUCAUUGUUGUGGGGGCUCUCAGCUUCUCCCCCAGCUCUGCUCAGGCUGGCUCCCAGCUUGUCAGAGUGACACUCCAGGGCCAGCAGGACCUGCUGAGGAACCAGACAGCCGUGGUGGACAAGGCCAGGAGCACCAUCACCUACUACAUCACCUCACAGAGCAACCUGAGCGCCGUGGUGCUGUACGACAGCAGGAACGGCUACGUGUGCUACAAGCCGCUGGAGCAGCGAGCCUGCUACCUGAGGAGGAUGGAGCCCUGGGACCUGCAGACCCUGCAGAUGCCUCUCAACUCCUCUGAGCACAGCGCUGAGCAGCUGCUGCAGCACAACCAGACCAAGUUCUACCGGGAGUUCCUGGGCAUUGUGGCAGGGGAGCAGGUGGAGCCCAGGGGCCUGGGGGAGGCUGUGCAGACCCUGUGUGAGCACACAUCCAUCUUCUGGGUGCGGAGAGGGCAGGGCCCGGGGAGGCAGCGCCUCAUCUACCUGUGCAUUGACAUCUGCUUCCCCAGCAACAUCUGUGUGUCCAUCUGCUUCUAUUACCUGCCUGAGUAAGUGCUGCAGCCACGGCCGCCCUCUCUGCCCUCACACUUGAACUGGAUUCCUGAAAAGCCUCUGACUUCCACGAGGAAGGGAACACCUACAACAUCCCCAGAGCUUCCUGCUGAUUCCGUGCUGCAGGUCAGGAGAGUUUAGAGAAACGGGAUGAGGAGAGUUUAGAGAAACAGGAGGGCUCUGCUCAGCACUGACACUGCAGCUCUGCUCCAGGGCUGCACCUUGUCUGUAGGAAUUAGGAGACCCAGGCCUAGAGGAAUCCCAAGAAACAGCUGGAGUUUUGGGGCUCCCAGGCUCUGCUCAAUACAAGGUGGAUGCUGUUACAUCU